CAUUUGCCACUAGCUGGCAAAAUCUCAUGCGGCGCGUAUAAAAGGCCCAGCCAAGGCAACCGACUCAACAUAAUCGUCUACAGCCGCACUGUAAGCACACAAAGAAUUUCAGUCUUUGCAAAGGAAUCACUCCAAAAAAAACAAAUCAAAAUGUUCAAAUUGUUCGCUGUCUGCUUUGUAGCUCUCUUCGCCUGUGCUUUCGGUGCGGCCAAACCCGCGUUCCUGGCUUCACCAUUGGCCUACUCCGCACCACUGGCCGCCGCUCCUGUUGCCGCUGCUUACCACGCCGGUUAUGCACCCUACAUCGCUCCCUACGCUAGCAGCUACACCGCUCACGGCGUCGCCCACGCUGCUGCCUUCCCCGCUGCCUACGCUGCCGCUCCAUAUGUAGCCUCAUAUGCUGCUCCAGCUGUAGUUCCCGCCGCACGUUUCGUCGCCCCAGCUGCUCAUGUAGUUGCCGCCGCUCCCGCUCCCGUCGUUGCCGCUGCCCCCGCAGUUGCCGCAGCCCCAGCUGUCGCUGCUGUUCCAGUUGUGAAGAAAUAAGUUCUGUAAUUAGAUAUUGAACUAUUGCAUUAGAAAUGAUGAGGAUAAAGUAAAAAUAAUAAAAAAAUGUUAACGACUCA